AUGGAAUUUAUUAAACUUUAUUACUUGUUUUUAUUUUUAAUUUUUUUUGUUAGAAGUGAAAAUCUAAUUAAAAAGAUAACUAAAAGGGGAGAUUUAGAUUUGGUUUUAUUAUAUGAUGCAGGAAUUAUGAAAAAUGGAGAAAAUAAUCCUCAUUUGCUUAAAAAUAUUAUAGAAUUAGGAAAAAAUAUAUUAGUUGAAAAUGAGAAAAAAGUUAGUAUUUCUUAUAUUACUUAUGACCAUCUUAAUGUUACAACAAAAAUAACUACGAAUAACAAAAAUGAAAAUGCAUUUGAAAAAUUUAGAGAAGUUGUAUUAAAUACAAAGGGUGAAUAUUCUGAAAAAAAAUCUCAUCAUUUAAAAGCACUAAAUUAUGUAGGCAUAAAACAUUUUUUUAAUUCAACCGAUAACUUGACAAAAAUGGUCAUCAUGUUUAUGAAUACAGAUGGAGAUAUUUUAAGUGACGACGCUGAUUUAAAUACAGUCCAUUAUUUAUUUGAUAGAAAGAAAAUUAUAUUAAAUGUAAUUACUAAAGCAAAAUUUAAAAAUUAUUGUAAUUACAUUCAAAAAAUAGGAUCAAAUACAAAUGAAUUAUUGAAAUGUGUAUUUAAAAAUUCUUAUUUUCACAAUUUUAUGUUAACACAUACUUUAAACAAAUUUUAUGAUGAUAUUUCUUCAAAUGCAGUAUGUACUGAUUGGUCUGAGUGGUCCACAUGUUCUAAUACUUGUAAUGUAGGUUCUCAUUUUAUAAAAAGAAAAUCCUUGAAAAAUGAGAAAAAUGCAAUAGAUGGAUUAUAUAAAAGAAGAGGAAAAAGUUGUUUAGAGCAAAGAAAUUUUAUUUUUCAAGAAUGUUUUAAUACUAGUUGUGAUCAUUCAUUAGAUAAGUGUGAUAUAGAAUUAGAUCUUUCUAUUUUAUUAGAUGAUUCAUCUAAAAUCUCUCAAGAAACUUGGACUAAAUAUACUAUUCCUUCCAUAAGGAAGAUGAUAUCACAUUUAAAUAUAAGUGAAAAACUAGUCAAUAUUUCAUUAACUACAUUUUCUAAUACGGUAUAUAAUUGGUUUGAUUUUUCUAAUAUCUUAUCUAAAGAUAGAGAUGAACUACUUAUAUUUUUAGGAUAUAUGAGAUAUAAUUUUGGUGAUAUCUCAAAAAAUAUUAAUAAUGCUUUAAAAUUUGUUCAUGAUAAUGUUUUAAAUUCUAAUUUUACAAGACCAAAUGCAAAAAAGGUUUUAAUAAUAUUCAAUAGUGGUGAUAUAGAAGAAAAAUCAAUCAGUGAGGUAGGAGAAACUAUUGAUAAAAUUAAAAAAACUUAUAAUGCUGAAAUUUAUUCUAUUUGUAUUGAUAAUAACAACGAAGAUAAUUGCAAAAAAUUAAGUAUUUCUUCAAAUGAAAAUUCAAAUUAUAAAUAUUCAUAUUCAUUAUUAAACUAUUCUGAUUUACUCAAUGAUAUAUUAGAAAUACAGAAAAAUAUGUGUUCAAAUAUAGAGUAUAACUCUUCUCAUGAAAAACAAGAAGAUGAAGAAAAGACUUCUAAAAAUUGUGAUAAUAAACAAAAAGAUAAAGAAAAACCAUGCUUAAAUGAAAAAAAUGAAAAUAAUAUUAAAAUGCUAGAUUUAAAUUAUAAUAUUGAAGGAACAACAGAUGAUAAUUUUACUUUAGAAGGAGAAAGCACAAAAACUUAUGAAGGAGAUUAUUUAAAUGAUGAUUUAUCGAGGAAAAAUAGGAGAAAGUUUAAAAUUAAAUUAGAUUUAAAUUCUUCUAGAGAUUUAAAUGAUAACAAUUCAAAUAAAAAUAAAAUGAUACUUAGAUCUUUAAAUAAUUUGAAUGAAACAUAUGUAAAUGAAGAUGUUAAUAAUCCUAUAGAUGAAUGUAAUACUAAAAAUGAUGUUCCUAGUUCUAAGUGUAAAAAAAAAAAAUAUAAAAAAUUAGUAAAUAAAUUAUUGUUAAAUAUGUUCAGAAAAAAAAGAAAAUUUAACAUCAAACAUUUUGGUGAGGAAUCGAAAAAUAAGGUUAAAAAAUUUAUACAAAAAGUAGAAUAUGAAGACGAAAAAUUAGGAGAAAGUGAUAAAAAAGAAGAAGAGAUAGAACAAGAAUUUGAUAUUCUUUUAGAUGAUAUAUUUAAAAAUGAAGCUGAUUCUAACGAUAAAAAAAUUACUGAAUAUUCUUCUCAAGAAGAAGAGAAUGUAAAGUGGGAAAAUGAAGCAUUACCACCUGGUAUAUCUGUUUCGGAGAUUUAUAAAAUAAAUAGAAAACUAAUGCAAAAAGCAAAAGAAAUUCAAGACAGAAUUCCUGAAUAUAAAUUUGAAAUACAUAAAAAAGACAUUAAAUUUCCUGAAGGUGAAAAAGAUGGUGAAAUGGAAAAAUAUGAAAAAGAAAAAAACGAUGAUUAUUUACCUAAUGCAGAAAAUCCAACAAAUAGCGAAAAAAAGUUACAUAGAAAAAAAAGAUCUGUGUAUUUUGAAAACGAAUUAAAUAAAUAUGACAAUGACAGCAGCUAUCUUAAUGAUGAAGAAAAGGUUUUAAAAGAUAAUUCUAAUGAAGAAAAAAAAGUACUACUAGUUAAUGAAGAAGAUAAAAAUAUGCGAGACACAAUAUAUAGUGAAAUUAAAAAAAAAGAUGAUUAUAAAAAUUUAAAAAAAUUUAAAAAUACAAAUGAUGCUUCAAGUGAUGUCUUCAUUGAGCCUAGUAUUAAAGAGAAGUUGAAUAUUAAAAUUCCCAUAACAAAACAAGAAGAAAAUAAAAAUAAUGAUAAUUCAAGUGAUGAACAAUGUAUUGGUUCAUUUAAUAAAAAUAGAACUAAUUGUAGAAGAAGAAUUUUGCCAAAAGAUGAUAAUUUCUACAAUAGAAAAUAUUAUGCAGAUCAUAAUGAAUACCCAAAAGCAAUUAGUUCAAGAAAUAAUAGACAAAAUAAUACUGAUGAAUUUGAAACAAAUAUUUUAAAGGAGAAUUAUCAAAAUAAUACCAAAAAAAAUAAUUCAAUUCAUAAUGAAGAAUUAAAGCCAACAAGAACAACAGAACCAGAAUCGUCUGACACUGUAGAAUCAGACAAUAUAAGUAAUAUAGAAGCAGACAAUAUAAGUAAUAUAGAAGCAGACAAUAUAAGUAAUAUAGAAGCUGACAAUAUAAGUAAUAUAGAAGCUGACAAUAUAAGUAAUAUAGAAGCAGACAAUAUAAGUAAUGUAGAAUCAGACAAUUUAAGUAAUGCGAAAUCAGCUAAUAUUAGUAAUGAUGAAUCAAAAUCGGUUGAAGAUGAAAAAUCAAAUUCAUUAUCAUUUAAAGAGCCUAGAAUAAGUAGUUCUAGAAAAGAAAAUUCAUCUAUCAUUGAAAAUACAAGUCAUUUGAAUAAGGAAGAUACUGAGCAGAAAUAUGACAUGAAUAAUAUUAAUCAAUAUAAUGAGGAAGGAGAAGAAAAUAAAAAUAAAUAUGAUCAUAAUUCUUCUCCACAUACAUAUAAGUAUGCGGCUGCAUGUGCACUAAUCGCAUUUGUAUCAGUAGGCAUUUUUGCGUUUUAUUUAUAUUAUAGAAAAAAUAAAAGAAUAGUAAGGGCAUUAGAUUCUAAUGAAUUUUCAAUAUCAUCAGAUACAAAAGAAUCAAAAAGCAAAGAACAAAAUGUUAAUUUAAAUGAAGAAUAUUCUUGGAAAUAA